CUGACCAUGUAGUCUUGAGUCAACAAAGGUAAUAUUCAUACUUUACGUGACUACCACUAUCAUUACAGGAAUAUAAAUUAACGCAAGGCACAUUUGAGUAAAUGACUGUCGGUGUAAUGUACUAGUAAUUUAUUAGGAGAUCAAUUAAUCCAAAUAAUCUGCUAUUGUAUGGUCGUAAUCGUUAGAGGGUAUGCUUGUUCCUUGAGCAAAACCAUAUCGUGAGAACUCUCAAUCGUUGAUAGGUCUUGGCAUUGUAGGAAAUUAUAAACACCAGUCAUUCAAAAAUUGUCUCAAGUUAUUAUUUCUCAGUGCAAGUUAAAAGUUGAAGUCAUUGAAAAUUAUUAUUUUAAAUUAGGAUUAGGCGACUUUUAGACGAAAAACGUACGAAUUGGUUCAAGUGACACGAACUCAUUGAGCUCAUCGCGAUGUCAGUCAAGAUCACAGACGUUACUCGGGACCGACAUUGGCGAUCGAAAUUGUCGGUACCUAUCAACAUUCAAUUGGCAACACGCAAGUCCAUGAACGAAACGCGAUUCAGUGCAGAGGAAAAGACGAAAAUAUAUAAUUUUGACUAUGCCGUUGCAAUGAAUCGUUGGAGCAUGAGAAUGAUAGGCCUAUGGCCCGUAGACACAGGAUUCUCGAAUUUUCUCUGUAACAUAAGUUUUACAAUAAUGUUGAUUUGUUUACUUCCCCCCGCGGCACAAUUGUUCGCUACAGCAAAAGAUUUGAACUCGAUAACAAACCAAAUAAUCAGAACGGUCCCGUUCAUUCCACUCAUGAUGAGGUUUAUCCUUAUAAAGAUGCAGACCAAGAACCUACGGGUCAUCCUUAAUUCAAUGAUCAUCGAUUGGACAAAUUAUCGUCAUUUGCCAGAACAGUGUCGACAAAUCAUGAAUUAUUAUGCCAGACGCGGCAGAUUAUUCACUCUGACUAGCAUAGUGUUCACAACGCUAUCGAUAAUAGGUGAGAUAUGACUAUCUUACUGAACAUCUCAAUACCUUCUGAUGAAUAGGAAUAAUUACAACUGAAAUUCUUCAAGAUUUUAAACUCUAUACAAUUUUAAACUCUACAAUUAGUACGCAAUAGUCGAGUCUUAAGCCAGGCAUCACGUUGAACUUUGCGAAUGAUAGAUGCGACGGAGCAACUUUAAAGAUUAAAUUUAUUAAUUUUCUAUGUGAGAAUUUAGAUGAAUCAAGUUGAUUGACAAACUCGUUAAGGACGUAAGUAAUGUUUCAGGAUACACAUUAACGCCCGUCAUGAAUACGUGGCUGAAUAAUCUUCCUUGGAACCGGACAAGAGAAUACUUGCCUAACGAAGGAUUCUUUCCUUUUCCCGUCCAAGGAUCGCCGACGUUCGAGCUGCUUUACUUUUUACAAGCCUCGUCCUUGUUUCUCUCCGGCAUGGUGAUGACCGCCGUAGACUGCUUUCUCUGCAUCAUUGUGUUUCACGCAUGUGGACAAUUCGACGUUCUCGCAACAGCUUUACAGCGAUACGACUGUUCCUUCAAACAUGGUUGUACACAAACGAGGCACACGCGUUCGAUCGUCUGUGCUUGCCUCCCGUGCAUCGUGAAGCGACACGUGCACAUUAUAAAUUACAUGGACAUUGUAGAGAGAUCCUUCAACGUCUUCAUUAUUAUACAAAUAUUCGGAAACUGUUUUGACCUAGCAAUAGAGGGAUAUCUGUUUUAUAUGUCUUUCAAAAGCCACGACAUUAACGGUAUCAUUACAUGCAUUAUAUAUCUGAUUACAAUAGCGUACAACAUUGUAGUGUAUUGUUGGAUUGGCGAUUGCAUCAUAGAAAAGAGCGAUAACAUUAGAACAGUGGCAUAUAAUCUGGAAUGGUACUCUUUCCCAAGAAAACAUGCUCUAUCUAUUAUUCUGAUAAUGGCACGCUCGAGAAGACCUUGUAAAAUUACAUCUGGAAGAUUUCAUACAAUGUCCUUCUCUUACUACAAAACGGUAAAUGUCUUUCACUGUAAUAUAAUUUCAAUAAUUUUACUAUUUCUUUCAGUUUAUCCAUCUUUUAACACGCAUUUUUUAACGUGCUGUUUCCGUCUUUAGGUUUUGACAACGUUAUUUUCGUACAUAUACCUUCUUUUGACGUUGAAUAAUUUCCGUUAAACGAUGACGUACGCCAUGCAUUAUUUUUGGGCAGCCAAUUCAUAACAAGAUUGUACAACUCAAGAAUCGAUCCAUAAAUAAUUAUUAUAAAAGUAACGUUCUUUUUUUAUAAUUAUUAAAACAAAAGAGUUGUUAAUAUUUGUUGUUUGAAACGGUUGAUUGUAUAAUAAAGUUUUUGUAAAGAUAAUAAGUACAUUAAUGUUUUCAGGUAGAACAAAAGGCAUAUGCUGUACACUUCAACUUUGGUUCGUACUAAAUAAAUUUUUAUCUACUAUAACGGUAAAAUAUGAACUGCAACUUUAUUGUUAGCAUCAAAGUUUAUCAUAACAUGUCGAUUAAUUAAUAAUCAUAAUUAAAGCUAUACGUACGUACGGCUGGCUAUGUAUUGUAUUUAUCGUAUUACAAAAUUCGUUUGUAUAUUUUCUAAGACGUGUAUCAAAAGAAAUAAAUUGACGUUAUGUUGA